AUGCCCUCCUCACAACAUGCAUCACCCAUAUUGAGGUUUCACCUCAAACAUCACAGCAUGUCCAUCAUUAAUAAUAUAUAUUUGAUUGUGUUGAUUAUAAUACUUGUUGCUAUGAAGUCAAGUAUGGCUCAAAGUAGAACAUACACUGUAGCAAAUUAUACGGAUGAAGAAAAUUUGAAAGGUUAUCCGGAUCAGUUGGGAUACUCGUUAGCCUGUAAUCAAGAUGGUUACAUUUUGGCAGCAUCAGCCCAUGGAAGAGAUUCAUUUUCGGGAAGUGUUUUUAUUUACGACAAACUAUUGAAUAUCUACAAAAUGAACUGGAGACCAGAAAGCAGUGAUAAAAGCUCUCAGGAUGAAUUUGGACAAUCACUGGGCAUGUCUUUGGACACACGUUACCUUGUGGUAGGAGCCGAUUCGAAUACGGUAUCGGGAAAGACCAACGCAGGCUCAGCCUAUGUCUUUUAUCGAGGUGCUAUCAAUGCCCGUUUCGAUCAACAAGCCCAAUUACAGGCUAAUGAUUUUCAAGCUGAGGAUUACUUUGGCUUUUCAACUGCCAUCUCUGGCGACGGUAAUACUGUUGCAGUCGGAGCUGUGGCUACCACACAUCCAAGUACUAAGGCAACAGAGGCAGGGUCUGUCUAUAUUUUCACAAGAUCAGGAAGUGCCUGGUCACAACAAGCCAAGCUCAUGUUACCUGAUGCUAAAGAAUACGACUACUUUGGAUGGACUGUUGCCAUAUCACAUGACGGCAACACAUUGGUUGUGGGAGCUCAAGGAGUCACCUAUGACGGUGUCAGAUUCAGAGAUGAAAACAAUACUGAUCCAUCCGCUCCUGUUCUCAACAAUGCAGGAGCUGUAUUUGUAUACACAAGAAGUGGUUCUCAGUGGACUCUGUUGCAAACGCUUUUAGCUUCAGAUGCUGCCGCGUGGGAUCAAUUCGGACGAACAGUUUUCAUUUCCAGUGAUGCAAGACUGCUCAUGGUUGGAGUAAUGUACAAGCAAGUGAAUGGAGCAAAGAACGCUGGUCAAGUUUAUGUUUAUGAGAAGAAUCAGGAAUCUGGAGUGUAUGAGGAAAAAAUCAAGCUCACAGCUUCUGACCCUGCAGAGUAUGACUACUUUGGCCAUUCUGUAUCUUAUUCCAUUAAGAAUGACACCAUUGUUGUCGGCGCCUUUAGAAAGACAAGUGAAGACGGAACCAAACCAUAUGCAGGAGCAGUGUAUGUGUUCACAAACCCUGAUUCCAAUGGAUGGACACAAAAAGCUAAAUUGGUUGCUGCCAAUGCACAAGCUCACGAUGACUUUGGUUAUGCAGUUGCCUUAUCUUCUAAUGCUUACACACUCUUUAUCGGUGCGCCAGGAAAAACAUUGGGCGGAGUUGGAAACACCGGUGUAGUAUAUUUCAUGGACCUGACCUCAAUCGUGCAAGAGUGGGAAUCGAUGAACUAA